AUGACCUGGGAAAACUUGGACCCAUAUGCCACGCUCGAGGUAGAGCAUCUGGCCCUGCCUAUAGAGAUUAAGAGAGCAUACAAACGUCUCAGUUUGCGGUGGCAUCCCGACAAAAAUAAAGAUGCUCCCAAGGACGCUUUUGCCAAAGUCCAAUUUGCUUACAAAGUCUUGAGUGAUUCGAAAAGACGCAGGCUCUAUGAUGAGCUAGGUCGGUUAGACGAAGGAACUAAUGAUGACUUCGAUUGGCUUAGCUUCUUCCAAGGGGUUGCUACCAAGAUUUCUGUGGAAUCGAUUGAAGAAGACAGACGUCUUUAUGUUGGUAGUGAAGAAGAGGCACGAGACAUCAUUGACAAUUUCGUUUACUACGAAGGUGAUUUUCUUCGGCUAUUCGAGGUGAUUCCCCAUCUUGAGUUCACCGAAGAACUGGAAGAACGCGUGUUUAACAUUGUCGAAGCAGAGAUUGCCAAAUUAGGACUUUCGAAGGAGAUACUUAAUCAAUGGGAGAAAUAUCGCAAAAGUCGCAAAACCAAAGUCAAGAGAAUGUUGAAGAAACUAGCAAAGGAAGCUAAGGAGGCGGAGACGCUCAAGAAACAAAUUGAAGGGAAAGCAGAUCUCAAGCUGUUGAUACAACUGCGCAAUAAAGCCAGGGCUGAAGAUUUUAUUGCUCACAUGGAAGCCAAAUAUGGUGGGGGUAGAGGUAAGAAACGAACAGAACCUGCUGAUGAUGAAUUCGAGCGCACGCAACGCCGCUUAAAGGCCAAAAAGGAGACAGCAUAA